AGAUGUCGAAUCAAUCAAAACGGGUCACAGUGAGAAUUGAGCAUUCGAAGAACACUUUUUUCGAAAAAGUUUUAAAAUUCCAACAUCAAGAGCAAGAAGAUCGGAAGCUCAAAUAUGUUCUGCACAAAGCUCACGAGAAUCUGAGAAAGUGCCCAUUCGAGAUUCUGACAAUUGUUGAUUUGAAAAAUGUGCAGGGAAUCGGAGAGAAUAUUGCUCUAAAAUUGGAAGAAACGUGGAACGUCGCCUGCCGAGAGAACAAUGGCCAGGAUCCAACUCUACGAAGCAUCAAAAAAUUCACGACAGACGAUUAUCGCCGGUUCUUAACAAAUCGAAAAUCAACAACAGAACGGAUGAAGGAUGCGAAAAGAUUGGAAAAACAGAAAUCAACGAAAACCAUUGUUGAUAUAGAAAAUGAAUUCGAAUCGGAUGGAGAUGAUGACAAGCAACCAAGUGUUCCACUCACUAAAACGAAAAGCUUUCAAGUUUCGAAGCCCGUCCAGCCGAGCUUGAUACGAUCACAAAGUGGAAAUCUUUCGUCUUCUUCGUCUACUUCCUCAUCAUCAUCUAAUUCAUCAGAUCCAUUAUCUUUCAGACUUCUCACUUGUCGACCUUUUGAGCAGCCAACUGUUAGUAUUUAAAUCUAAUUUUUGCAGAAAAGGAUUCCAGAAUAGAAAAAAAUCGGCAAGUAAUAGAAAAUCCAAUGGAAAAUUAAAAAAAAAAGAUUUUUGAACUCCCUCCGAAAUGAGAACUGUCCGACCAAUCAGCGAAUAGCUCCGCCCCAGCAAUCAGAUGGAGUGGGCGGAGUUGGAAGACGCUUAUUGGUUGGCUCGCGAGAUUUUGCGGUUUUUGCAUACGGUACCCGAUCUCGAAGCGACUAAUAUUCAGGAGUACUGUAGCUCCCAACUCCUAAUAAGUUGCAGAAACUUCUGCCAUUUUUCAUAAGUUUUCGUCCGUUCCUUCGAAAUUUAUCGAAAAAGAUUUUGAAACUUGAACAUUUUUGAGCUCGAAAAAAAAACAUUUAACAAUAUUUUUUAAAAACGAUUAACAAAAAUAUGCAAAAAUCGUUGCAGUGCAAAAAGUGAAAUACCAACAAAAAACCAAAUUUUCAUCAAAAACCCAAUGUUUUGGUGUCGAAAAAAUGGUCAGCUAUUUACUCCACCUUCAAAUUAAAAAAAAACGAGGUAUUUUUCCAGGUCUAUCUAAUCGCAGACAAUCGUGAGCAUCGCAACAAUCCACGUUUCAAGUCGGUAAUCGAGCAUCUCGUGAAAAAAGAAGAUAUUCGAGUUGAUAUUCGUUCUCUUUCCGUUGGAGAUUACAUAUGGAUUUGUCGAAAGAUUGAUGGAACUGAGAUUGUGAUGGAUUGGGUUGUAGAACGGAAAACUUGGGAUGAUCUGCAAUCAAGUAUUCGUGGAGGUAGAUAUGAUGAGCAGAAAGGACGAUUGAAUAUGGCUCCGAUGAAGAAUCGAGUUUAUUUGAUUGAAGCUCAACAUAAAGGAGAUGUUGCUUGCGAACAGGCCGUAGCAUCAACUCUUUCCAAUGGAGGAUAUCUUAUUCAAAGAUGCUCUGAUACUCGAGACACAGCUGCAUUUCUCAAGGAAGUGACGAUUCGUUUGCAGAACAAAGCGGCCAUAGAAGAAAUUUCGGGUGUUCCAUUCAGCCAACUCCAGAAUCUUCUCCAGAAAAAGAAGGCGGAAACUGUGAAAGAAGCUUGGGUCCGACAGCUGAUGGUUUGCCCGGGAAUGUCUCAGAAUCGAGCCGAAGCAAUUGCCGAUCGAUUUCCAUCCAUGGUAUCCCUGCUUUCAUAUUUUCGUGCAAAUGGAGACGAUGCACCGAUUCGACUUCUUCAGCUUUUACCUCAACUAACUAGGCCUAUUACUCGUAACCUUUUCAAAUUUUUUGUUCAAUAAGUGAAUCCUGAAUGAAUCAGAAUUAGAUUGAAUUUUUUAUAAUUGAAUGAAAAAUUUUGAAAGGAA